AUCACCUUCUAGACUCAGCUCUCACCACCAAUAUAAAUCGCCUCUCCUGUCCUGCCUCGUCACAAGCAACAGAAAGAAUCACACAAGUGCAAGAACAAUCCACAGAUCAAGAAACCAAGCAACCAAAGCGACCAAGCGAGAUCCCCAAAGGAGAGACCGAGAGAAGAGCGACCAGGAUCCGCGGCGGCGAGAUGGACGCGAGGAUGUUCGGGCUGGAGACUCCCCUGAUGGCGGCGCUGCAGCACCUGCUGGACGUUCCCGACGGCGACGCCGGCGCGGGCGGCGACAAGGCUGGCGCAGCGGCGGGCGGCCCCACGCGCACCUACGUCCGCGACGCACGCGCCAUGGCGGCGACCCCGGCCGACGUGAAGGAGCUCCCGGGGUCCUACGCGUUCGUGGUGGACAUGCCGGGGCUGGGCACGGGCGACAUCAAGGUGCAGGUGGAGGACGAGCGGGUGCUGGUGAUCAGCGGCGAGCGGCGGCGGGAGGAGCGCGAGGACGCCAAGUACCUGCGCAUGGAGCGCCGGAUGGGCAAGUUCAUGCGCAAGUUCGUGAUCCCGGACAACGCCGACAUGGACAAGAUCUCCGCCGUGUGCAAGGACGGCGUGCUGACGGUGACCGUGGAGAAGCUGCCGCCGCCGGAGCCCAAGAAGCCCAAGACCAUCGAGGUCAAGAUCGCCUGAGAGGAUGAGCGAGGAUCGAUCAAGCCUAAUAAGUUCAGGACUUCAGGGGAGUGUCAGUGAGUGUGGUGAGGAUGAGAGCAGUAGUGAUGCGGGGUGGCAUGAGUGAUAGUGACUAGUGUGCUCAUGAGAGUUUCUUCCGUUCUUUUGUGGCUGUGCGGUGCUCGGUAUGUGGCUUCUGUGCUACGGAAUGCAGAAGCUGAUGUGAACUGCUUUCUGAAUAAUUAAAUCUGCAUCUUGUUCGUUUCUUGGGUCA